AUGUCCAACGAAGACUGGCCUCUGGACACCAUGCCAGACGGUAUCCAAGACAGUUUCGAGGCUCAACAGCUCCGGAACAGAUACCUCGCUGGCACCGCGGGCAGCCCGUAUUCCGAUCCUGAUGCUUUCAUGCUCUUUCAGAGGAUGCAACAGUUUGAUGCCCCUUUCAGCAACAAGCGACCAGUCAUGGAUCACAAUCAGUCAUGGCAGCCCGAGGGCAUGCCGUACGCGAACGACAUGCAGUCCAUGUUUGCGCCGAUGCAGUUCCAGUUUGGUGUUUCGUCCGUCGAUGAUAUCUCCAUGUCAGCCUCUGGUGGUUUGAGUCAAAACAUGCCCAUCUCCUCUCCUGUCUUCUCAGCAUCCGAGUCGGGCGCCAGCUUUGGCAGCUUCUCCUCCACCGGUGCACCCAACCUCCUUGACUCCGGUUCCUUCAGCUCAACAGACGGCUCGGCCAUCAUCAACAGCCCUCCCCAGCAGUUCGAUUACGUCAACUCUCCCUUCACGUCGUCGUCUAUGAUGGCUGAAGAUCUCUCCAGCAUCAAGGCAGCCCCUCCUUCACCUCAACCCUUCUCUGAGCCAACGCCGAUUCACUUCUUCCAGGCACCUCCCGAGCAGAUUGCAGAGCCUGGGCGGUGCCACAUGGACGAUUGUCACGCCGUGGGAGUCUCUGCUGCCGGGAGUCAUAGCAUGAUCCUGAAGUCUGAACCACAUGCUCGCAUACUGCCUUCGAAGCCUCGCAAGGAGCUUCCCGAGAAGCCACGUUCUCGCCGCGCCAGCUCUCCAGCCCGCAAGUCGGUCCCAUCAGCUCCCAAGGUAGAGCUUAGGCCGAAGCAAUCGAAGCCCUGCCCGGUGCCAUUCUCUUUCGCAGAAUCCGUGGAACGCUCCGCCAAGGACAAGUAUCUUCUCAAGGCCAAGGCAGAGGGACUGACAUACCGCGAGAUUCGCGUCAAGGGCAACUUCAGCGAGGCGGAGUCAACCCUCCGUGGCCGUUAUCGCACCCUUACCAAGAGCAAGGAGGAGAGAGUUCGAAAGCCCGAGUGGACUAGUCAUGAUAUCCAUCUCCUCAAAAGGGCUGUGCGCAAGUUCUCCAAGGGUAACGAUCCAGCUUCAACCAAGAUUCCAUGGAAGCAGGUGGCCGAGUACAUUUACUCGCAUGAUGGAUCGUACCUGUUCGGCAACGCCACUUGCCGCAAGAAGUGGGAUGAACUCGCCAUGUGCUCUGCAGGAAGACGCAUCGGCGGAAGUGGAACCAUGUAG